GUCUAGUUUGGCUCCGAGUUCCCGGAGGGUCACUUUUAAGUGUCGCGCUUUGUUGCCAUGGACAGCCGCUUUUCUUCUUUGGCGUCUCGGUGAGCUCGGCGACGUCCCGCUGACCACAAGCUCUUGGGCGAGAAGGCGUCACUUCGUGUGUCACAUCAUUAAAGAGACGAAUGAGAUGUGCAUUGAGGGAGCCGCGCUUCUUCGGACAUCGGCAACAGUCGCCUUCUCGCGCUAAGAAGAAGCUCCGCAGGAUUAACGAGUCGCCGUCUUAAUCCGAGAGAAGGGUGGGCGACGAAGAGGCGGCCGGACACCUCGGGCCCAAACCGCGAAGAAUCCAACGCUGGGGUCUUCUGUGGUCAGUUUCUACAGCGCCAGGCAGAUCAGGCGACAGUAAGUAAGCGCCGAGGUCACGUGGUCUGCGGCCGUCACUAUGGACUCGUCGCCGGUCACCGCUGCCACUGCUCUCGGCCCCGUCACUGUAAUGGAUGACAUGGGCCCAGCCUCAGCCCUAAGAUGGCCUGGAAACCUCGAUGGCCCCCCUCGUGAAGAUGACUGCUAGGCCCCCCUUGGCAGAGAAGGCCCUCUCGGAGGGCUAUGGCCGCCUCCGCUACCAGGACACCUCUCUGCUCGUGUGGCAGCAGCAGCAGCAGGAGCUGGAGCGGGCCGACCCCAAGACCUACCUGAGCCGCAGUCGGAGCACCUGGUAUGGACAGUAUGGCAACCAGGAGGUGCUGGUCAGAGACCGUACCAAAGCCAACCUGAAGGACGCCGGCCAGUCCAGGAUCUGCACCCUGAUGUGACAGGACAAGCUGGGCCAGGCUGUGUGGGGUCACAGCAGUGUGACAAACUGUCGUCACAAGCAACUUUAAGCCACCCACAUGGGGUCUAAAAGGUGGUGGGCAUUCCAAGAGUGGAGCCUCCAUGGUGAGGUGCAGGACCACCCUGCCAUUAUUGGGCACAUGCAGACCCGCGUCUUCAAGUGGCACACGCCUUUCACCAGCAGCUGGUAUGACAUAAACAACACAAGAGAAGAACCGGACAGUUACAGGACAAGGAGAAAAGUGCCUCGGGCAGAAAUGCCAGUUUGAGAACACGCUCAAGAGUGGUGGCACUGUACAAAACAUGGAGUGUGAUGUGGAAAGGUGGGUGGGCAUCACUGUGACGCGCAUCGGAGGGUCCCAGGUGUCAGCGGAGCACAAUAGGGACUGUGUGGGGUGUCAACCAACACAACGGAGCCAGUGAAUGCGGGGCACCACAGACAGCACGGGGUCCAAGUGGGUGGGCCGGACUCCUCUACAAGUCACUUUAAUGAUUUGGGGGUCUCUGCUUGACUGACUUGCUUAUUUCUGUUAAUCAGAUGAUUAGUCGAACUCUGCUUCUCAUUUGUAGGCACUGAUCACAUGACCCUUUUUUAUAGUCGCCAUGAUGUACAAAUCAGUCGUUUUAUCGACUCUCAGUAUUAAAAGCUUCAAGCACCGA